AUGGCGACUCCUCAAGACCAAGAGACUGCCGCGAAACAGCGAAUCAUCAAGCAUAUGAAUGCUGACCACCACGACUCCAUCCGUCGCUAUGUCGAAGCCUAUGCUUCCACGUCCAUGCUUCAAAGUCGCGAUGCUCAAAUGACCGACAUCGACCUCAAUCACAUCAAGUUCAAAUGUGGAGGCCAGGAAUCCGUCAUCACUUUCGACCCUCCUAUGAAGGCAAUGCGCGAAGCACGUGAGCGCCUCGUGCAACUCGACAAAGACGCUCUACACGUGCUAGGCCGCAGCGAUAUUACAAUCACCAAGUUCGUGCCUGCCUACGUCAAGUUGGGACAUCUAUGGAACUUCACUCAAUGCCUGCUGUGCUACCUGCUCCUGCCCCGGCCGGCCAACUUCAAGCCUGGAUCGCUGCUCUAUGAGACGCUUCUUUACCCGAUUCCAGCUUUUGCUGAGUUUGUCGCUAGAACUGCAUGGCUUGUUUUAACAAUCAUGGUCCCAAUUCACCUGUUUGAAUCUGGCUUGAUGGCGAGAAAAUUAGCCAGGCAUGGGUGUACAUUCCUGGAUACAGUGUGGUGGAAGUGGGUCGGCACCUGCUUUGUGGAGGGCAUCACAUCUUUCUGGAGACUUGACGAGCUGAUCAACGAGAAGCAGAAAGAGAAGGAUGCAAGGAAGCACUGA